AUGUUUAAUAAUAAUAAUAGUCAACAAGAAAAUAAUAAUAGUAGUAAUGAAGAUAAAGUUGACCAAUUUUCAAAACAGUUAUUUGGAAAUCUAGUAGCAGCAGCAAAAAUAUCAAAUAAUUUACCAUCAGAAGAAGAUUAUUCAUAUUAUCAAACAUUUCCAGAGUUUAAGAAUAGAAUGGAUCAUUUAGGUAAAAGAUUAUUAAAUUUAACACAAAAUUUUGUGCAAUCAGAAAACCCAAAAAGUGAUCUAUUAUUGACAGAUACCAAUGAUGUAGAUGAACUAUCAGAAAGAUUUGGCGGCAUUGUAGAUGUAGUAGAUGGAAUGAUCGAUAAAGUUGAUAAAACAAUUGACCCUAAAUAUAAUCAAAAUCAAACCAAUGUAUUUAUAUCCUCAACUGUAGUACAAAACCAGCAAAAUACCAAAAAAUCGACAUCCAACGAAGUUAAUAUGUUUUAUGGAAGUAAUAUAGCAAGACCACAAUUAAAAUUCGAAGACCCAGUCGAUAAUAGUAAUUUCCCAUUUUUACCAAAGAUUAAAACUAAACCAAAUUCAUUAGUCGAUUUAGACCCAAUUUUUUUAAAAUCACAACCAAAAGAAAUUUUAUAUGGCAAAAUUAUUAGAGAUAAAGAACAAGAAACAUUAAUAUUCCCACAUCCAUAUGAAUAUGAAAUUAAUAAUUUUAAAUAUACAGAAAAACAAAAUCAAUCAUGUAAAGAAAUUUUAUCGAGAGGAUUAGAGGAAACACCAUAUACAUGGAUCGACUCUGUUAGACAAUUGGAGGAACUUUGUGAUAAAUUAUCACAUGUCGAGGAGUUUGCAAUGGAUCUUGAACAUCAUAAUUAUAGAAGUUACCAAGGUUUUGUAUGUCUUAUGCAAAUUUCAACAAGAGGUGAAGAUUUUAUUAUUGAUACUUUAGCAUUACGUUCACAUAUUCACAUGUUAAACAAUGUAACAACCAACCCAGCAAUCGUCAAAGUAUUACAUGGUAGUGAUAGUGAUAUCAAAUGGCUCCAACGCGAUUUUGGAAUCUACAUUGUAAAUAUGUUUGAUACCGGCCAGGCCUCCCGUGUUUUAGAGUAUCCAUCCGCUUCAUUGGCUUUCCUCUUAAAGUAUUUCUGUGCUGUCGACGCUAACAAGAAAUAUCAAUUGGCCGAUUGGAGAAUAAGAAAGAUCCCAGAAGAAAUGAUUAAGUAUGCCCGUGAAGAUACCCAUUACUUGUUAUAUAUUUAUGAUCGUUUACGUAACGAGCUCAUUAACAAAGGCAAAGGUUCCAAUAAUCUCUUGUUGGAGGUUUUACGUCGUUCUCGUGAGCUGGCCCUACUCAAGUAUGAAAAAGAAAUUUUGGAUGAUAAUACUCAUAUUCAAUUUGCAAAGAAAUUAAAUCUUCAAUACAACCCUGUUCAAUUGAAUGUCUUGAAGGUUAUCUAUCAUUGGAGAGAAGGCUUGGCCCGUGAAGAAGAUGAAAGUGUUCGUUAUGUUCUUCCAAAUCAAAUGAUGUUUUCUAUUAUUGAAAACCAACCUGUAACAGUACAAGAAUUAAUUGCUUUAUGUUCUCCAGUACCACCAUCUCUUAAAUCACAUGCUCACCAACUUAUCCAAGAUAUAUUAAAGGCAAGAAUCGAGGAUUCAUCAAAGCAACAACAAUUUAUGCCUGCUCUUCAUAAUGUUUUACAAUCACAAUCCAACAUUUAUUAUAACCAAAAACAACAACAAAUUCAACAACAGCAAAAUUCAACAACAACAAAUAUUACAACAACAACAGCGAAUGAUACAACAACAAAAACUUCAAAUCCAACAACAACAACUACAUAUUCAACAACAACAAAUUCAACAACAUUAACAACACAAAAUAAACCUUCUCCUCAACAGCAGCAACAACAACAACAAAUUCAACAACAACAAAUUCAACAACAGCAACAUCAACAUCAACAACAACAAUACCAUCAAAAUCAAAAUCAACAUCAACAUCAACACCAACAACAAAAAGAUGGAAGAUUAUCUCCAAUUCCAAAUAUUAAAAAUAACAAUUCAAAUAGUCCAGUAUUAACAACUGAACAACUUUAUAAAGCUGCCAAGUGGUUAUCAGGUGAAAAAUUACAAGCUUUUCAAUUGGUGUUAAAUAGAAGAGCAGCCAAAUUAUCAUCGGUUAAUCAAAGUAAUCAUUCAAAUACACCAAUUUCAAAGGGUAGCCUAUUUGAUAAUGGUAGUUGUGAUGAAGAAAACCCAGAUAGGAAAAGAUCAAAGAAAAUUGCAUCUAUGGUUGCAACUUCAUUCGAGCCAUCUUCGUUUGCCCCAGUAUUCAAACCAUCAAGCCAAUUAAAGGUAAUCGAUCAAGAACACCAACAAAACCAUUCAAGCUCUGAAAAAGAAGAUGAAAUGUUGGAUCAAGAUGAUGACGAUGAUGAAGAUGACGAAGAUGAUGAUGAAGAAGAUGGAACUAGUGAAACCAUGGAUGAUGGUGAUAAAUCAUCAAAAUCUUGUGAUGAAGAUAUUACCUCAGAUAAAGAAAGCGAUAACGAUGAUGAUGAAGAUGAUAUCAAUAGCCAGGUUCCAAAAAGCAUGCAAGAAAUUUAUCAACUUUCAAAUUUAAAUAGAAGAAGAAACAAAGAAAAAAAGAAACUAAAAGAAAAUUCUACAACUACUUCAACUACCUCUUUAAUAGAAACUACAACCGGAACUAAAUCUAAAAAGGAUGAGUCUGUAACUGAUACUUUUUCAUUCUUAAAAGAAAUUGGUUGGGUUAAUAGUGAUCAAUCUGCCGAUUCAUUUAAACCGGUCUCACAGCAACCACAACAAUCAUCUUCACCAGUUCAAUCUUCAAACAGUAUUACAAACCAACCAUCACAACCACAACAACAACAGCAACAGCAACAACAACAACAACAACAACAAGCUAAAAAACAACAAAAACAGUCUACUUCAUCACCCCAGCUACCAAAUCAACAACAACAACAACAGUUUGUUUCCUUUGAUUAUUCACAAGUUUCAAAUAUAAACCAAUCAAACCCAAAUCAACAACAAAACUUUUUCAAUACAGAUUACCAAACCACCAAAAAGAAAUCAAAUCAAACAACCGGUGCAGUUAAGGCCAAAUCCGGAACAUUCUAUCCAUCUUCAAAUUACAAAAAGAAAUAA